AUGGAUCCUGGCGAUUAUCGCACGAAUGUAUUAUCAGUGGUAAGUGUUGGUUGGUAUUUGGCGGGAGGUCAAUAGGGGCUGUUUGCGUAUACUAAACCUUCAACCCCAGAAUAAUCUUUCUUCAAUCAAGUACGAAUAUUUUGAAACGCGCAGUCCUGCCUUGGGAUCAUCGAGGAAGCUUCUCCAGAGAUUGGAAGCCAGCUGGAGACAAGAAGCCCGGCUCGUCCACUGCGAUACAUACCGAGAUGGCAUUUGGGUUUUUCAGAACGCGAUCGAUUCGAGCUCCCCCACCAAUCUUCCGAAUAAAGAGAAGGGCCCAAUCGUAGAAAAUGGUUCUUGGGAGGCGCACGGGAUUCAGAUUGCGUUGAAGGAGCAGGGAACUUUCGAAAGUCAAUCUCUUGCCAGGAGUAGACAGGCUGCCUCCUCAGCGUUGAACUCCGCAAGCAGCAAUUCUUCCCCCUCCUCAUCUCUCGAAAAUGCAAGUCGAAAUGCGCUGGCUCUCAACGCUAGGUCUGUUCAAGCCAACGCACUGUACAGUCUCUCACAAGAGAUAAGUUUAUCGUCACCUGGCCAGAGGUCCCUCAACCGAUCAUACGAUGUGUGGCCGUCGAUGAUAGACGUGCAUGAGAGCUUUAUAUCCGCGGUGCUAGGGUCACUCGUACAUGUACUUUGCCGCGAUGAAGGUUAUAUACCUCUGAGCCCUCGAGUCUUGGUUUCUACCCAGAAAGAUUCCACAUCCCCAAGUAGAGCUGUGAAUAGCCAAUCGUGUUCGACAGGAGCCGUCACACUUGCAAAUUUGGAUAUUAGUUUGACCUCAAUGGGGACUCUUGUUAUUAAAUCCUAUUCUGACACAAGCUCAGGGCUUCAAACUCUCGGCUGUAAUGGUCCUCUUGGUGCAGGUAGUAAUUUGACCCCUGGAGUAGCAUUAUCACUUGCACCACUAGGAAAUACGGCCAAAUUCUACGCCUUCGAGGAUAAUAGGGGUUUGCCCGCUGUUCAAUCAGUCACACAGCCAGGAGAGAGUGCUCCUGAGCCCAAACCAAAUAACCUUAAUGAAGCUGCUGUGAAGGCUUGGCAAUCAAAAUGCAUUGAGUGGUUGUCAUCCAAAGGAAUUGAUCAGGCUUUAAUUGAGAGUGGCGGUUGGAUUUUUGUCCAAUUGACCAGCGGUCAUGGAUCAUAUCUUGAUGUUGAUGACCCGGAUAUCUCGAUCUUUGAAGGACGUACGGUAGUUCCAUGGCCAACACGUCUAUGUUUCCAAGCUUCCAACAACGGACAUCGUAGUUUAUCAGGAAGCGAACCAAAGUUCCCUGGAAACCGAGAUCCCUUGGCAUUUGCCGAAGAGUGGUUCACAGGGAGGGAUGAGAGAACGAACAUUUCCUUGAAGCGACAAAAGGAGCGGCAAGUCGCAGAAGCUUUAUCUAAGGAGCAGGCUGAUGUGGAGGCUCGGGCUCUUCAAUCAGCGACGACACACUCUCCGGCUGUACUACGGAGAGGAAGCAAUGCUGGUGCCAUGUAUCCAACUCCACCAGAUGCAAUUCAUAAUCCUGUCGGCGUCACACCAAUAUUUGAUGGUGCAGGUUCACCACCUGUAAAUAUCAUUCCUUUUGCGGCACAGGAUGGCCCCAUAUCUGCUGCUCCAUCAGCCGUAGCCGGCAAUGCUGUAGAUAUGUGGGGGGCUACAGACAAAGCAGACCGAAAUACCUCUAAUACGACUUUUAAUGAUAACAAUAAUGAUGCCGAUCUUUUCGGGGACCUUGGCGGUGAUAUGUUUGGUAAUGACAUAACAGAUGCUGAUUUCAACUUUUUCGAUGCGCCCGAUAAUUUGCAACCCGACCUUAAGGCAGAGUCGCCUAAAAAACCCAAUCUUUUGGAGACUCUUGCUGUCAAGGAGCCAGUGGCUAAAGAAGCCGUCAAACAAGAGGGGAUGCAUCCUCCUGCAAAAUCCAUGGCACGCUCGAAGAAUGUGAAUGCGCAGAAGCAGACUGUUGGAAAUGUCAACUCAUCUCAGGUAGAUGCAAAAAAGAGCGAGUUUAAUGCCAACGCCCUGGUUACAAUCAAAACUAAGCCAGUGGCGAAACAAGAGAUCCCAUUCAGCAAAGAGUCAAUAUACCAACAACUUGUCAACGAAUCUGGUGUACAAAAGUCCAAAAUCCAGUCUCGGCGAGCGAGCCUAUUCAGCAAGAUAGAAUUCAAAAACUCGUUGUCAUCGGUUGAUGCCAAAUAUGGAGACCAUGGGCAGUUCAAGAUCUCCGAUAGAAACGUCCGCCCGCAGACUUUGGAAUUUCAAGGUCUCCCUCAAACGAAUUAUUUGAGUACGCGGCGAAAAAGUACGGAUCUGCCGGAAGCAAAUCGUCUCGGGCGAAUUCUGCUAGUGGAACACAAGGCAAACGAGCAGCUAGAGCUGGAUGAUGCGAUGGAUUUCCUCCUGGAUUCUGACGGUCUAAGUCAAAUUUCUGAACAGGAUGAUAUCAGCCCGAUCACGGAUCAGAUACCAUUAAUUUCAAAGAUCGGUAUCGAACAGAAGCUUCUUGAUAACGGCCAAGGAAAUGCGUUGAUCAAUUUCGACCCCAUGGCUAUUGAUUUCGAACAGUCUGCGAGUACCCCUCACUCUGCUGUUGCAACGCAAUUUCCUCUCCUUGAAGCAGAUCCUACAGAUUGGUCUCUGACAAGUUACUUUACCUCCCCAGAGCCAGAAGCCCCUUCAAAUACCCUGACAGACUUGGAAUGCAUUGCCACUGCUCAAAUUCUCGUCGACCAGGCUGUAUCUGGCACGAUUCAGCUUUCUUGUAUAGGUGACAAUGGAGUCUCUCACAACAAGUCCAAUACAAAGGGAGGGCUUGUCCGAAGCGUAGCAAAAGCUACAAAGGUGUUCUUCAAAGAUCUCUCCUCGUGCACAUUGCGAUCGUUUUCGGAGAUUCAAGGGAUUCCAGUGAUGAAUCUCGGAGGACGCUUACCUCCGCGCCCUGUAAAUCCUCGUGUCGGAACUGCCUCUGAGCCUGGGAGACUAAGGAAUCCCUUCCCAAUACAGCCGCCACAAUUGGAGCUUCGCCGCUCGGACUCACAGCUUUCUGUUCUUCCAUCCGCAGUCAACUUCUGGGAAAAUCUUGGUCUUGCUCCAUCCAGCGGCGGCAAAGAUGUCAGUGCUGUAUGUGUCUAUCCAAAUAUAGAUGGAAUAGCUGCCAAUGCAAGUAUCUUCUUGGAACAAAUGAGAAGCACUUAUGAAUCAUAUAGAUUAGGCAGUCAUGAGAGACUUUCUUCAGACGAACUUGUCGAUGGUGUUUUGUCAUUUCCCCUCGAUUUAGGUCAGCAACAUACGUCGCGCAAUUUGUCAACACUCCGAGAGACAGCGGCACGUCUAAGUAAUGCUCUCGCAGCAGCGAUCAUUGAAGAGAAGAAUAUUGUGGUAUACUUUGUGUAUCCAGCCGACAACCCAACACUGCUGGUUCAUAUUUGCUCAGCUUUCCAACAUCUGUUUCUUCUGUACCGAAAGGCGCUGUAUGAUAGGAAGGCGAAGUUCUCAAAUGAGUUGGUAUUGCAACUUGUUCCAUUGGAAUUUGUUUACUCGCCGAUUACGAUCAAUGUUCCGCCACCAGCUGAAUAUGCACGACUCUCCAUGGAGGUCUAUGAUCGAUGUAUAGAUUUUGAGUCUGCAUCGAGGAGCCCUGCUAUUGUGUUGGAACGGCCCUUACCGCGAAGUAUAGACUUCAAGCUGAAUCCAAAUCCUUCUGCAUCAGUGCUACAGGAGAAUACCUGUCUCCAUAUCGCAUAUGCCCAAAGCACUGAUGAUCGAUGGAUGACAGCUGUUUGGACAGACAACAAGGGGACCCAACAGAUGAAUGCCUCAUACUGUCUAGGUCGUAAAAACGAGCCAAUUUCGAUGCCCUUCGCCGUUGUAGCGAAUGAAAUCUGGGAAACGACUCUCGACUUCAUCUCCAGCAAGAAUAUCCACUGGCGUAUUAUGAUCGCACGAAUUGGAGUCAUGGAGCUGUCUGAAGUUGAUAUAUGGACAGAGCUCGCUGCUAGAGACUCCACCGCCCAAAUAAAUUUGACACUCCUAACCGUUCAAACAGAGCCUUCUCUGCGACUCCUUUCUCCACCCGCAACUCUUCCUACUGCCAGAGAAGCCACACAAACCACAACGCCUGUAUCCACUCCUCAAGGCACAUCUGUCCUCUCACCCGAAACCUCUACAACGCCGAACCAAAACACCGCUCCUGGCGAAGCAUCAAUUCUGGAUCCAGAUCCCUCAACCCGCCUCCUCAUGCUCAGCGAUCAAACCCACGGACUCCUCCUUUCCCACCGACUCUCCAAUUCUCGCACACCCCUUAUACCAAAUCCAGCUCUCAUCUCGGGAUACCUCGUAAAACAUUCCACGCCCACACCUAUUCUCAUAGAAGUAAACAUUGUCCACAAUGAAGUAGCGGGAAAUCCCAGGACUUAUUAUGAAGGUCUUCUGAGAGAGGUACUUGGCAUGUAUGCUGGGCUAGGGACUUUGAGUAGAGCGAGGGGUGCGACUAGUGUAGGUGAUGCUAGACCGUGGCAUAUUGCUGCUGCGGAGAGGGCUGUAAAGGUGUUACAUGCUCUAAUGUAA